GUCAUUUCACCAGCUGUUCGAAGCGUCUGCUAAGUACGCCAAUCAACACAAUAAUAAUCCAUCCGUGCAUUAUUCCUCAUUAUCAUCAACGUAUUCGCGAGCGUAUAAUAUAUGUGCAUACAUCUCGAAUUGGAGUCGUGUCAAAAGUGCAAAAAUAAUCCGUGCAUCUUAUAAAUUAUCCAUUAAAUUUGCAUUUGGUCAAGGAUUUCAAUUAAUUCCGUCGACUGGCGUGUAGAGUUAUAAGCGUUGGUACCCGAUGCAGUGUUAAUAUAUAAAAUGAAAAUGCAUUUUCUUGAUUGCCAUUGUUUUUCUUGCUAUGAUAAGCGUGUGCGGAAGUGAGAUAAACGUAACCUAUUGCUGGGUUGACAAUAUAAUGUCGGAGGUUGAUGUUUUUAUUAGUAAUUACACGUUUGUUGAUCCUGACGUUUAUCAACUGUGGGUCGAUGGAUAUUCGCCCAGUGAAGCUGUUAGCAUUUUACAACAGAGAGGAAUUUGCCAACAAACAAAUGCACCAAUCGAACUGGUUGCUUCAGAUGUUUUGGACCAUUACCAUACUUACUCUCUUCUUGAGAAGUUACUGCACGCUCCAGCAAAACUGGCGAGCGAACAAUUGGCCUUCCAGAUAGAGCCCCACACUAGUCGAAUGUUAAUUGAAAUCUAUUAUGAAUUUAAUGAUAGCGUUAUUAGAGAGAUGCUUGGUAAAAAGCUCAGCUCGAAAAAUCGAAAGGACAUGGAGGAGGUUGCUGAAAAGACUGGCGUUAGUUUAAAAAGUUGUCGUAGACAGUACGACAAUGUCAAAAGAGUAUUUAAGAUUGUUGAGGACCUGCCUGGCUCCUUAGUAACUAAUAUUAAGCAGCAUUUUCUUUUACCCGAAGAAUUAGCUAAGAGAUAUGCGGCAGUUGUAUUUAUAGCUUGUCUUAGAUUUGAAAUGAACAAGAGGAAACUGCAGUUUCUGACAUUUCCCGAUCUACUUCACUGUGCUAAUCGAAUGAUGUCCUUAUGGACAUACAGAUACACUGGUUCGGAAUACUUUGACACAGAUCUCGACAGAGAGUUCCUUCUUGAACUGCCUGAAUGUCGAAUACUUUUAGAAAACGAAAGACACCAUAAGCAUUUGGUGUGCAUAAAACUGAAGCCUAUGCUGCUAGAUCGCGUUUAUCAAGAGUUAGAUUUAAACUUUAGAGCUUACUCAAGAAAUAUAAUUGGCAUAGCAUGCAAUUUACAUCGGACCAGAGAACUGAGAUCAUUUUUCCUUGAUUUGGUGGAAAAAUGUAUUGAGCCUUGGAGACAAGUAAACUGGACUUACACGGAUCUGAAAAAUUUCCUACUUGCUUUCACUCAGUGUGCACUUGAUAUGGAUAUAUUGAGGGAAAGUGAGUUACGAGACGCAUUUGAACGCUACAUGAAAGUACUGACCAGUUGUUUGCUGCGUAUGUACCAUACAUGACAUUCAGACACUGAUAAGAUUGAUAUUGAAAAGGAUGAGGUGGAAAAAUUAGAAUUUAUUGGAUAGCAGUAAG